AUGCCCACCCAAUCGCCUUCUGCUCCUGUAGAUCAGAUUGCUCUUCGUUUGGAUUUGUCGGGACCAUUUAAAACAGAUAAUUAUUCUAUCCAGACGAUAGACUUGCCGGCACCCGAUAACAAAGCUGGUGAAAUCUCAAUUUCAGAGCAUACGGGGGUGUUCACAGACUCAACAAACAUGUUCCGAACUCAACAGACAAACAUUAAUCAAAAUAAUGAGCAUUUGGGAACGGGGUUUGGUCCCGGCGAGGCUCGGAAUCAAAAAUCAAAACUUCUUGUCUUCAAUACCGAGGCUCGGUCUUGGUCAACAGAACCCUUUCUCGGAACCUAUUUCAUACCUCCGAGACAUGGAUCCCUAAUUUCUGUUGCGAAAGAGAAGUUGGGCUUUUGGAUCGGUGGAAUCGCAGAUAUCGAUACGGGAGAUUCAGGAACGCAAAAUAGAUCUCUUAACAUACUUAGGCGAUUUGAUAUGGCUUCACGAAUAUGGACAGUAGAAGAAACACCAUUUAUGACCGUACUCAAUGGUAGUACAGUAUUUCUGGAUAUAAGUAAGCAGGGUAUCCUGCUUCAUUUUGCAGGACAGAACUACCGGGGAACAAGUGAAUCCGAAGUCGAAUUGGUAAUAUUGUCCGAAAAUACGGAGCUUGGUGGUUAG